AUAGAAAAAUUGUUUGUUUUAUUUUGGGUUUGCUAUUGUUUUUCAUUUCAUACUUGGAUCUGAUGGAGAUUCUUUUAUGAUUUUGUAUUUUUUUAUUUAAAUUUAAAAGACCCAUCUUGUUUGGACUUUUCUUCUGAAGAUAUGGAAUGGCCGAAUUGUUUAAACUGUAUUUUAAUAUUCACCGCAACCGUCGUAUUUUAUUGUGAAUUUCUUAUGUACUAUGUUACCUUAGUGCAGUGUCAAUGGCCAAAACUAAGUUCAACACAAGAGAGUUCUUUUGUGCCAGUUAAAUCUGUAAUUAUUGCCGAUACACAUCUUCUCGGUCCUAUAAAUGGACACUGGUUUGAUAAAUUAAUCAGAGAAUGGCACAUGCAUCGUGCAUUUCAAACAACUAUGACAAUUUUUCAUCCUGAUGUCGUUUUUAUAUUAGGUGACGUAUUCGACGAGGGCCAAGCUGUAAAUGAUGAGCAGUUCAAUAAAUAUGUCCAACGUUUUCGGAGACUAUUUUAUGCCCCAAAAAACACGCAAGUUAUAAGCGUUGUAGGAAACCAUGAUGUUGGAUUUCACUAUAGAAUGGACCCAUAUUUUCUCAAUCGAUUUGAAAAAGAAUUCAACUACACUGGCGUUCACCUGCAUACCAUUAAGAACGUUCAUUUUGUAUUUGUUAAUUCAAUGGCUAUGGAAAACGAUCGAUGUGCGAUCUGCACUCGUGCCCAGAAGGAUUUGAAUGGAUUGGGCAAAAAACUAAUGUGUAUGAAGGAUCCAGAUUUCCACAAAUGUCCUAGGCCACAAUCUUUAUAUUCACGUCCGAUUCUUAUGCAACAUUUCCCCACAUAUCGCAGAUCCGAUGAAAUAUGCUCUAAAGGGGAUGCACCCGAAAUAGAAAGGUACAAAGAAAAAUGGGACGUACUUUCUAAAGAAUCUACAAUAACCUUAGGAAAUACAAUAAAUCCUCGAUUGGCAUUCAGUGGACAUAGUCAUCAUUAUUGCAAAUUGAAAAAUCUUCUUGGCAUCGAUGAGUAUACUGUGGCUUCAUAUAGCUGGAGAAAUAAAUUGAAUCCUAGCUUCUUACUAGCCAAAUUUACGCCACAAUCGCAUAGUGUGAUGAAAUGUGACAUGCCAACACAAACUACAUACGUUUCGAUCUACAUCUAUGCUUCUUCAAUUUGUCUGGUUUAUAUUGUUUUGAAUUUGUUAAGGAAUGGUAUUAAGAAAUAUUCCGAGAAAAAAGUAGAUUAAAAUCCUGCAGUCCUAAGUUUACUCUAUGAUUUAUUUAUUUACUUUCUCUAUGAUUUAUUUGUUUUCUGCACAAUUCCAUCUAACGUUAGGUUUAAAAGGGCUCCUUGUCAAGUUGAAAAAGAAAUAAGUAAUAUUCCAUUACAAUACAAAAUACAAAUCGUGAUAGGCUUGUAACUUGCCUGAGAAGUGUUUUGUUGACAAUAAUGUUUUAAGUAGUUUUUUUUUAUGACACUUGAAAACUUGACUUGGUCGAAAUUUACAUCCGAAGAAUGAAGUUGAGUGCAAAUGAAGUCCCAUAAUGUUGUCUAAACCUGACCAUUAGCAGCAAAUAUAUUGACAGUUAAAACUUAAGAUUAUAACCCUUUAAACAAUCAUAAAAUUUGUUUAGGAAAAAGGAUGCAAAUUGUUGCUUCAAAAUAUUCAAAUGUUUAAAACUGUGUAGCCUUGAAAAAUUUGUGUUAAAUUUGAAUUGUAUUCGAAGUGCAGAUUAAAUUAAAUCUAUGUACAAUUCAAUUCUUUCAAAGUUGCUGUGAAAUUUUCAAAUUUUGUACAUAUAUUGAGUAUUUAUAUUCAUUCUAUGUAUUUUUAAAAUAAAUAUGAAAUCAAUAGGUUUAGUGUAUCAAAUUAACAACUAAUUUAAAAUAUGCUUUUUAAUAAAUUUAUUACGAUGGCUAUAUA